UUGCACAAAAAUCCCAAUAUGGUGGACCCAUUUAGUUAUUUAGAUGGAUAAUUUGAGUUGUAUACGUGAUUUAUUUUUCUGAUGGGUGUUAAGUUCGAAAACAUGGCUGGCAGUUCAGAAGAAGAACAAAAAAAAUUGAAAAGUGGCACAGAAGAUUCAGAGGAUGAGAGUGAAAUUCUAGAGGAAAGUCCCUGUGGCCGUUGGCUUAAGCGUCGUGAAGUGGUUCAGCAGCGCGAUGUCCCUGGAAUUGAUGCUGCGUAUUUGGCCAUGGAUACGGAGGAAGGUGUGGAAGUAGUGUGGAAUGAAGUUCGUUUCUCCGAGCGGAAAAAUUUCAAGGCCCAAGAAGAAAAAAUCAGCCAGGUGUUUGACAACCUUAUCAAACUAGAGCACCCAAAUAUUGUGAAAUUCCACAAAUAUUGGAUCGACAGUCGCGACGAUAAACCUCGAGUGAUAUUCAUCACCGAGUACAUGUCAUCCGGAUCGUUGAAACAAUUCUUAAAGCGGACGAAACGCAACGUAAAAAAGCCUCCCCUUCAAGCCUGGAAAAGAUGGUGCACACAAAUUUUGUCGGCUUUAAGCUUCUUGCAUUCCUGUUCUCCCCCAAUCGUUCAUGGAAACUUGACGUGCGACACAAUUUUCAUUCAGCACAAUGGGCUAAUCAAAAUUGGAUCAGUGGCUCCAGAUGCCAUUCAUCAGCACGUCAAAACAUGUCGUGAAGGCAUGAAGAACACCCAUUUUAUCGCUCCCGAGUUUGGAAUUGCAGGAAUGACACCAGCUGUGGACAUUUAUUCGUUUGGGAUGUGUGCGCUUGAAAUGGCCACGCUAGAAAUUCAGGGUGCUAAUGGAGAGACUGGCAGUCUGGUUACCGAGGAACAGGUGCAGCGUACCAUCGAGGGAUUGGAGGUACCCAUCCAGAGUGACUUUAUCCGGGCUUGCCUUAAAACAGAACCGGAGCUGCGGCCUACAGCUCGCGGUCUACUCUUCCACCGGGCGCUUUUUGAAGUCUCCCCUUUGAAACUCUUAGCUGCUCAUACCGUCGUUCGUUGUUCAGUCAAUACUUUCUGUAAAGCCAACAUCUCCGAGACGAUAUGCGACAAAGUCGUUCAACGCCACUUCGGGCCAGGUAUCAUCGUUGCGGAAGUAAAUUAUACCAACUCGCCCCCGGUUCAGUUUACCAUGGCUGACAUUCCUGUCGCGGAAAAAUUAGAAAAAUUCGUUGAGGAUGUCAAGUACGGCAUCUAUCCUCUAACGGUUUUUGCGCCUGUUCCUGCAGAGGCUUGCGGUCAAAGACCCGUUUCACCAGAUACAUCCGUCUCGACUGCUGCCGAGACACCCGAGCCAGUUGAUGUAGAAGCUCGCCGGGUUUCCAAUAUGAUAUGCGAUGUCAAACCAAAAGAUGAUGGAGCCGGCUAUCAGAUGACUUUAUUGCUCCGUAUGGAUGAUAAAAUGAAUCGUCAGCUGUCCAGCACGAUCAUGAAAAGUGAUCACGCUCUGGCUCUUGCAGAGGAAUUGGUCCAUUAUGGCUUUAUCAAUGAGGUUGACCGCGAGCUGGUUGGUGCAUCUAUGAAUGAAGCCCUUCGCAAUUGUCUAGCAAGAAACGAAGAUAUCCCGUCAGUCAGUGGUCAGAUGAAUCUCUUAGAUGACUAUGGGGGUUCUUUUAAUCAGAUUCUCUCGACAACGUCACAUACGGCUUCAGAUUUGCACAAUUCGCCACCGUGCACCAGUCCUGUCCCUUCUCCUGCUUCUCCGGUCCAUGCAUCCUAGCCCGCUCACUUCUCCUGUUUUGCUGCGCCAUAUCGUAUUGUUGCUGCAAGUGCUAUAUGUGCCUCGGUUCAUUAAAUAUACAGUUGUUAUACUACUCCACACAUAUGCAAUGUAGCUAAAUAUUGAUUUUAGGUAUCGAAAAAGGGUAUUUGCUUUGUGAAGCACUUGGCUUGUGAUAUGCUAAGUGAAAGGCAUUUGAAUGAUUUCUUUGUAAAACUAACACACGUUCCCUUCAUUCUAUUAAUUAAUUCAGUCCAAUAUUUUGUAGCCCAAACUGGCGACAAUAUAAUUUUCGCACCUCUUCCA